AUGUUGGCAGCGUUAUUCAGAUGUAUGCGAAUUAAAACUGAAGUCGACAGAAGAUUAAAGAUCAAACGCUUACGGGUUUCUACCGUACUUUGCGCGGGAGGGCAGUUUGAAUUUGAACAAGUUAACAGUGCCAGUUCAUUGAAAGGGAAUAGACAUGAGGUUGUGAUGGGAGGAGAUCCCGAUUCCUUGCAAGAUUUCUGUGUUGCAGACAGGCAAGGCCAAGUUUCAGUGAACGGCUUCUCUUGCAAGGACCCCAAAAUGGUUUCAGCAGAGGACUUCUUCUUCGGAGGGCUGCGACGAGGGGACACAAACAACGCCGUAGGGUUUAACGUAACAGCAGCCAACGUUAACCAGAUUCCGGGGUUAAACACUCUGGGAAUAUCGUUGGUCCGUAUAGACUACGCUGUGGAUGGAAUUAUUCCUCCUCACACCCAUCCAAGAGCCUCAGAAAUCCUGGUUUUACUUAAAGGCCAAUUGCUAGUGGGAUUCAUCGAUACAACAAACAAGUUUUACAGCAAGGUGUUGAAGAAAGGGGAUGUGUUUGUGUUUCCCAAAGGAUUGCUACAUUUCCAGCAGAAUGUGGGGGAGCGAAAUGCAGUGGCCAUCGCUGCGUUGAGCAGCCAAAAUCCAGGAAUUCAGGUUACUGCCAAUUCCCUCUUUGCAGCAAAUCCUCCUAUGCCAGAUGGUGUAUUGACCAAGGCCUUCCGCAGUGAUAAAACAGUAGUCGAUUUCAUUCAGGGCAAACUCAUGCAAUAG